UGCAGUGCCUGGGGAUGACCACCAAACGGAAGAUCAUCGGCCGCUUGGUGCCGUGCCGGUGCUUCCGGGGUGAAGAAGAGAUCAUCUCGGUGUUAGACUACUCCCACUGCAGCCUGCAGCAGGUGCCAAAGGAGGUCUUUAACUUCGAGCGAACUCUAGAGGAGCUUUAUCUGGAUGCUAAUCAAAUUGAAGAGCUACCCAAGCAACUGUUCAACUGUCAAGCUCUACGGAAACUAAGUAUUCCCGAUAAUGACCUCUCAAGCCUGCCAGCCUCCAUUGCUAGUUUAGUUAAUCUCAAAGAACUUGACAUCAGCAAAAAUGGUGUACAAGAAUUUCCAGAAAACAUAAAGUGUUGUAAGUGUUUAACAAUUAUUGAAGCCAGUGUCAAUCCCAUUUCUAAGCUCCCCGAUGGCUUCACGCAGCUUCUAAACUUGACCCAGCUCUACCUGAACGACGCCUUCCUUGAAUUUCUUCCAGCCAAUUUCGGAAGACUUGUCAAAUUGCGGAUCUUGGAGUUAAGAGAAAAUCACUUGAAAACUCUACCAAAGUCAAUGCACAAACUGGCCCAGUUGGAAAGACUUGACCUAGGCAAUAAUGAAUUCAGUGAGCUGCCCGAAGUUCUGGAUCAAAUACAAAAUUUAAGAGAGCUGUGGAUGGAUAAUAACGCAUUGCAAGUGCUGCCCGGGUCUAUAGGGAAGUUAAAGAUGUUGGUAUACCUGGAUGUGUCAAAAAACAGGAUAGAAACGGUUGAUAUGGAUAUUUCUGGAUGUGAAGCUCUUGAGGAUCUCUUACUGUCAUCCAACAUGUUGCAACAGUUGCCCGACUCUAUAGGACUGUUGAAAAAACUGACUACUCUAAAAGUAGAUGACAAUCAACUUACAAUGCUGCCCAACACAAUCGGAAAUUUAUCUCUAUUAGAAGAAUUUGACUGUAGCUGUAAUGAGCUGGAGUCUCUGCCUGCCACUGUUGGCUACCUUCACAGCCUGCGCACCUUAGCAGUUGAUGAGAAUUUCCUUCCAGAACUGCCCAGAGAAGUGAGGAGUGAACUUGUCUUUGCUCAAUUCAGUCUCAAGGAAACUUUACCAGACUAGAAAAUGGGGUAAAUGUACUUGUUGAAUAUUAUGUUUCAACUUUCAACAAGACAAUUGAAGAAUUUACCAUUCUCCUUUACCAAACUUAAAGAGCUUGCAGCAUUGUGGCUUUCUGACAAUCAGUCCAAAGCCCUUAUCCCUUUACAAACAGAAGCCCAUCCGGAGACGAAGCAGAGGGUGCUGACUAACUACAUGUUUCCCCAGCAACCUCGCGGUGAUGAAGAUUUCCAGUCAGACAGUGACAGCUUCAAUCCUACACUCUGGGAAGAGCAGAGACAACAACGCAUGACUGUUGCCUUUGAAUUUGAGGAAAAAAAAGAAGACGAUGAAAAUGCUGGGAAAGUUAAGGGUCUCUCCUGCCAAGCCCCCUGGGAAAGGGGCCAGCGUGGGAUUACUCUCCAACCUGCCAGACUGUCUGGCGAUUGCUGCACACCAUGGGCCAGGUGUGAUCAGCAGAUCCAAGAUAUGCCCGUCCCCCAGAGUGACCCACAGCUGGCAUGGGGUUGUAUAAGUGGCCUCCAGCAGGAGAGGAGCAUGUGUACUCAAUUACCAGUGGCAGCGCAGUCCACCACUCUUCCCUCUCUAAGUGGCAGACAGGUUGAAAUAAACCUAAAACGAUAUCCAACUCCUUACCCAGAGGAUUUAAAGAAUAUGGUAAAAUCUGUUCAAAAUCUGGUGGGUAAGCCAAGCCAUGGAGUGCGUGUUGAGAAUUCAAACCCAACUGCUAACAUGGAGCAAACUGUGAAAGAAAAGUUUGAGCACAAGUGGCCGGUGGCCCCCAAGGAGAUUACAGUGGAGGAUUCUUUUGUUCAUCCAGCUAAUGAAAUGAGGAUUGGGGAACUUCACCCUUCAUUAGCUGAGACCCCUCUGUACCCACCCAAACUUGUUCUGCUAGGGAAGGACAAAAAAGAAUCAACUGAUGAGUCUGAAGUUGACAAAACUCACUGUCUGAAUAACAGUGUUUCCUCAGGCACUUACUCAGACUACUCGCCCUCCCAGGCCUCCUCGGGGUCCUCUAACACCAGGGUUAAAGUGGGAUCCCUGCAGACAACAGCUAAAGAUGCAGUUCAUAAUUCUCUGUGGGGUAACAGGAUUGCACAAUCUUUCCCACAGCCUCUGGACGCAAAGCCAUUGCUCAGCCAGCGGGAAGCAGUUCCCCCAGGGAAUCUGCCACAGCGACCUGACCGCCUGCCUAUGAGUGAUGCUUUUCCUGACAACUGGACUGAUGGCUCCCACUAUGACAACACGGGGUUUGUCGCUGAGGAGUCCGCAGCCGAGAACGCCAACAGUAACCCUCUGUUAGGCUCCAAGGCGAGAAACGUGGCUCCUCAUGGACGCAGGCCUUUGCUCAGGCAGGAGAGGAUUGUUGGUGUCCCCCUUGAACUGGAGCAGUCCACUCACAGACACACGCCAGAAACAGAAGUGCCUCCUUCCAAUCCUUGGCAGAAUUGGACUAGAACCCCUAGUCCAUUCGAAGAUAGGACUGCUUUUCCCUCCAAAUUAGAGACAACCCCCACAACUAGUCCCUUGCCUGAAAGGAAAGAUCAUCUAAAAGAAUCUACGGAGAUACCCAGCCCUUUUUCUCCAGGAGUGCCAUGGGAGUAUCACGACUCCAACUCCAACAGGAGUCUUGGGAAUGUCUUUUCUCAAAUCCACUGCCGUCCUGAUUCCUCGAAAGGUGUUAUUGCAAUUAGCAAAAGCACAGAGAGGCUUUCCCCACUCAUGAAAGAUAUAAAGUCCAACAAAUUCAAAAAGUCGCAGAGUAUCGAUGAGAUUGACAUUGGUACCUACAAGGUGUAUAACAUACCAUUAGAAAACUACGCCUCUGGCAGCGACCACUUAGGAAGCCAUGAACGGCCAGACAAGUUGCUGGGCCUAGAGCACGGCAUGUCCAGUAUGUCUCGAAGCCAGUCCGUGCCCAUGCUGGAUGACGAAAUGCUCACCUAUAGCAGCAGCAAAGGGCCCCAACAACAGAAGGCCUCGAUGACGAAGAAAGUCUACCAGUUUGACCAAAGCUUCAACCCUCAAGGAGCCCUGGAAGUGAAGGCUAAUAAGAGGAUCCCGCCCCCUUUCCAGCACAAUUCCGAGUACGUGCCACAGCCCAGCAAAAACAUGGCCAAGGAUCUGGUCAGCCCCAGGGGUUACCCAGGCUACCCGCCCAUGGAGCAGAUGUUUUCCUUUUCUCAGCCAUCUGUCAACGAGGAUGCUGUGGUGAACGCCCAGUUUGCCAGCCAAGGGAGCCGGGCGGGCUUCCUGAGGAGGGCCGACUCCCUGGCCAGUUCCACAGAAAUGGCCAUGUUCCGCAGGGUCAGUGAGCCCCACGAGCUGCCCCCCACGGACAGGUACGGCAGACCCGCAUAUAGGGGAGGGCUGGAUCGCCAAAGCAGCGUGUCAGUGACUGAGUCCCAGUUCCUCAAGAGGAAUGGCAGGUAUGAAGAUGAACUCCCUUCAUAUCAAGAAGUGAAAGCUCAGGCGGGAAGUUUUCCCGUUAAAAACCUUACCCAGAGGAGGCCAUUAUCGGCCAGAAGCUACAGUACAGAGAGUUACGGGGCCUCCCAAACCAGGCCAGUUUCAGCUAGGCCUACUAUGGCAGCUCUUUUGGAAAAAAUACCGUCUGACUAUAACUUGGGUAACUAUGGUGACAAGCCAUCAGAUAACAGUGAUGUAAAGACGAGGCCUACUCCUGUGAAGGGAGAGGAGAGCUGUGGUAAAAUGCCGGCAGACUGGAGACAACAGCUGCUUAGACAUAUAGAAGCUAGAAGGUUAGACAGGACCCCGUCCCAGCAAAGCAACAUUUUAGACAAUGGACAAGAAGAUGUAUCUCCUAGUGGCCAAUGGAAUCCUUAUCCACUUGGGAGGCGGGAUGUACCUCCGGACACCAUUACUAAAAAGGCAGGUAGCCACAUCCAGACCUUGAUGGGGUCCCAAAGCCUUCAGCAUCGCAGCCGGGAGCAGCAGUCAUACGAGGGCAACAUAAACAAAGUGACCAUCCAGCAAUUUCAGUCACCACUGCCUAUUCAGAUCCCCUCCUCGCAGGCCCCCCGGGGACCGCAGCCUGGACGGUGCUUAAUUCAAACUAAAGGGCAAAGGAGUAUGGACGGCUACCCAGAGCAGUUUUGUGUGAGAAUAGAAAAGAAUCCUGGCCUUGGAUUUAGUAUCAGUGGUGGAAUUAGUGGACAAGGAAAUCCGUUCAAACCUUCUGACAAGGGUAUCUUUGUUACUAGGGUUCAGCCUGAUGGGCCAGCAUCCAACCUACUACAGCCUGGCGACAAGAUUCUUCAGGCGAAUGGACACAGUUUUGUACAUAUGGAACACGAGAAGGCUGUGUUACUGCUGAAGAGUUUCCAGAACACAGUAGACCUAGUUAUUCAACUAUGAGACCAUAACGACCUUGAAAGCCGCUUCAUUUUAUGUGCAAAGAAGUCCUACGAAUCUAUAUUUUAAAUUUACAGAAUCAGUGAAAUUAAUUACUUUGUCAGUUAAUUUGCAAAUGCAGGCUGUACGCGCCAGUUUUAUUUUCUGGGUCAGUGCGGACCGGUAAAGGUGUGCAGUGCAACUCGAGUGCAUUUUGAAGAUGCUUCCUGUACAGAUCUGAAACACAGGGACGAAGCCAACGCUGUGCAGGGUAUGGCAGAGCCAUUUUCGGCUUUGGUGUACUCAACUUUUUCAGUAUUUAAAAAAAGUGUUUUGAAUAACAUAAAAGUCUCUUUAUUGUAUAAAUAAUAAAACGUCACCUUAUUGUAAA